AUGGAAAAUACCGACAGCGACAAGCCCAGGCCGGUUGCGCCACCUGAGCCCAUAUCACCCGCGCUCUCUUCUGGUGUUCCCAAGCCUUCAACUUCUAGAGCUGCCUCACCAGCUCGUGUUCCGACGCCAGAUUCUGCCCGCGCCAUAAAGGUUAAGAGCCCUUUGGUUGAGAGCGCACCUGUCACCGUUGCAACAACUGCCAUAUCUGCCACCACAGCACCUCGAGCCGCAUCUCCACCAGCAGACAUGCCUCCAUCACCAUUACCGAGGGCAUCAACUCCAGCUCCAGUUGCCAGGGAUCGCGCUCCAACACCGGUGAACGCGCAUUCACCUAGUACUGCUAAUGGAAAGUCGCCAGUAGUUGCUCCACAGAUCAACGGUCGCAAGGUUUCUAUCGGCGAGGCAGAUGCUGAAAGCGAGCUAAGUGAGCCGCUGAGCACUGUACAUUCUCCGUCAGGAGUCGACUUCAACGAACUUGAGGACGAGAUAGUAGUGGGCGCCCGCACUAACGGUAUUCGCAAGUCGUCUCCUCUUCGACCAGCAUCUGAAGGCGAUGACGAGAUUAUGGGAGAUGCUGAGGAUGAGCCCGUGGCUUCCCACUACCCAAAGAGAAAACGCAACUCCAUUUUCCAGGGCCUGAAUGAGAGGAAAAUGGAGCCGGUGAGGUCUCUCGCUGACGAACGACAACCACAAGCAACAGCAACGAAGAGCAAGCCUCCACGUCUGAGCACCGGAAGUGUCAAAGGCGUCACCAUUGGAUAUUGGAGAGACUCAGAGGCUCCCACUGUGGAUCUUAAACAUGCUGUCAUUGGUUUCAUCGAUGUUCGCGAGCGAUUACGGACCCGUAUCCAGCCCACCACAUUAUCUGGAGAAACAAUAUCAGACGAAUAUCCUUUGCCACCGGGACCUGGCGGAAGUUGGGUAACCUUUGACAAGAUUGUGUUUUUGGAUCAUCUUGUGGGCUUAGACCAGCUACAGGUCAAGGAGUAUGUCAAGAUCCGUGCCGAAGCAACUGGGACAGACGAGCUUGAGGGGGAGAGAAUUGCUGCCGAGAAGGCUGCCGUUAAAGAAGCAGUUCGUCGGGCCAAUCUCAACUCCACUGCUGAGCACGGCACAAAUCUUCCUCAGCUCGCUUAUGGUGUUGAUCUUCCCGAACACUUGCAACAGAAUCGCGAUGCUAAAAGGAGGAGGACGAGCGGAGGAUUUGCGCCAGCCAACCCUCCUCCCUCAAAUGGCCCUGUCAUCGAACACACUCCCAUUCAGCCAGCCCCCGGUGGCCCGCAACCUUUGCGGCAUACUGUUGAUCCCCUGCCCGGCACCAGGCCUACUAGAAUUCUUAUUGGGCAUUGGGCAAAGUCUAACUCGCCGGACCCCCGUGAUCGCCAUGCAGUGUACGGGAUCUUGGGACAGAAUGACAUGUUCCGCGUUAAGUUGGUACGAGAGACGCGCGACGGACGUUUCGUUGAAGGAAACUUUCCCGCUGGGGCUGGUGCACUCUGGAUUGCAUACGAGGAAGUUGCAUUUGAGCCACACUUGAAAAACCUUGCACGGAACGAGAUCAAGGAAUAUUGCCGUGUUCGGCAGUACCAGAUAGAUAUGGGAGAGAAAGAAGGGGACCGAACUUCAAACGAGACCAAGGCUGUUUAUGAGGCACAGGCAAGGGCUGCGGGGACGAAUUACAAGGCGCCUGCCCCAUUGUCUAUUGCACCCGCUCUACCCCGUCUUCCAGGCGAUCAUGGAGAAGAAUCUGAUCAGACAGGGCGAAUGGGAUAUGGUGGCCAUGAGUUGCGUCAGAGUCGCCGCGUCGAGGCCGCCAGAGCCGAAGCACGCCAGUCAUACAUAGAUAUCGACACUCCCCCUCAGCCUGCGCCAGCUCCUCGCCAAAGCACGAGUAGAACAUCGUUGAACAACAAUGCGAUCGAAAGAACAUCUGCUCUAGCGGAGCGUGAGAUUGCACGCGUCGAGCUCGCUCAGGAUCGCGCUCAUAUGCAAGCAGUGAACCGUGAACGGGCAGCAGCCGCGGCCGCUCAGGCAGCCCAAGCAGCUGCAGCAAACAUCCCCGGUAUAGCUGUUAAUGGACGGCAACAAUUACACGAGCGGGACGAAAUGCAACGUCUUAAUAAGGUCUGGGCACGUCAGGAAAGCCUCCGACUAAGAACGAAUGCCGAAGACGCAAAGAUGUAUGCCGGGGUGAAAUAUGAACGCAAGACGCAAGGCCCAUUUACCGGGAAACUCGUUUCACAAGGCACCAUUAUCAAUAUUGACGGCGAGGACUACAUCGAGUACCGUGUUCUCGCUAAGCCAUCAUUCUUCUAG